AUGGAGGAGGUGGUGCCAGACGGCAACCUCUGUGUCCAGUAUGUGGUCACAGUCACUGGCAGAUUCUGCUGUGUUGUGCUGCAGUGGCAGGAGUCCGAAGACGGGGCUCCCGGCUGCAGGAGUGUACAUCUGAAGCUGUCUACCAAGUUGCGAAGAAAUCCUGAAAAGAUGGCUCCCUUCGACAAUGCUAAAUUGGAGGAUGCAGAAAUUAACACAGGUUAUCGGUCCAGUGCUAACUCAGGACCACUGUCAAUAUCAGAAACAAAACCACCAUUAUCAGCUGAUUCAGCACAGCCGUCACCAGUGGCAGAAAAACCAGCGUCGACUGAAGCGAGACAGUCCUCAUCAACAGCAACACUAGGCAUAGUCACAACAUUAGCUGACAAUCCACCAUCAGUCACGGCAGAACCACUGCCACCACCACCACCACCACCACCACCACCAACUGCAGAUGAAUCAGCAUCAUCACUAAUCCCAGUAACAAGACCAAAUACUAACAGGAUUGUAAUAUUGCAAAUAUGUGUUCCAGAGGUUGGAGAGCCCUCGAAUGUGCCCAGUGACAUCAGUCCUGCAGCGAACUUGGACGCAACAGAAGAUGAAGUCACCACCCUCAAGAACCUAGCUUCAGGCUGGAAUUGA